AUGUUUUGUUUAAAUUAUUUACAAUGUUAUCUUUUAACUUUUGAUUUAUCGAGUCAUCGAUGUGAAAUAUUUUCAAAUAUAUCAAUAGAAUAUGGAAAUUUAAUUCAACAACAAGAUGUUAUAACAAUGAUUACUCUUGAUAAUGAACAAUUAUUUAAUUCUAUGUCACAUAAAAUAGCAGAAGCAUCAAACAUAAAAUCUAUUAUGGCAAACAGAAUUACUCCAACUAUUGCAAAUACUGGUGGUACAAUUACUACAGCUAGAGAAACAACAACUUCAAGUAGUACUACUGCAACUACUAUAACUAGUAAAAUUAAUACCGCAAUUCAUGUUAGUUCAAGCAUUAAAAGUAAUGAUGCUACUAUAGCAAUUACUACAACUAAUGAAACCAAUACUAGUUCAAAUAAAACAACUAAUAAAACUACUACUACUACUACUUCGACUACCACACGUAGUACUAUCUCGAUUACAACAACUACUAUUAAUUCAUGUGCAACAACUAGUGCUACCUCGACUACUUCGAGCAGCACUAGUUCAUGUACAACAGCUAGUGAAGCUACUACGUCAAGCGCGUCUUCAACAACAAAAAAUCCAUGUACAUCUGGUAAUUUACUUUGGAAUAAAACUGGUAUCACUAUACUUAGUUCAUCCUCACCAAUAAUAACAUCUGGUGUAUUUAUUGAUUUAAAUGAUAAAUUAUAUGCUGCGGAUGAGAACGCUAAUUAUAUUGUAUCGAAACUAUUAAGAAAAGUUCCAGGUACAAUGGUUGUAGCUGAAACCUUUGGAUCACCAAAAUUAAAUAGUUCUCAAUUAAAUUUUGUAAAUGAUGUUUAUGUUGAUAUAUAUGGAAAUAUAUAUGUAACUGAUACUAGAAAUUAUCGCAUACAAAAGUACAUUAAUGGAUCAAAAAAUGCAACAUCUUUAGCUGGUGUAAAUGGAUCAGCUGGAUCUGCAUUAAAUCAAUUAAAUACUUCACGAUAUUUUACUUUUGAUUCAACGGAUACAUAUAUGUAUAUUGUUGAUUCUGGAAAUCAUCGAAUUUUACGUUAUUUAACAAAUUCAACUUCAGGUACUAAUGGAACUCUGGUAGCCGGUGGAACUGGGACUAGCAAUGCAAAUACAUCAUUGAACUCUCCAUGGGGUAUUCAUUAUUUACCAUCUAUAAGUAAUGAUCUAUUUAUAACAAAUACUAAUGGACAUUCAGUUAUACGUUGGACUCCAGGUGCUUCAUCAGGUGUAUUCGUUGCUGGUAAACCGGGUGUAUCAGGUUCAAAUUCAACUCUUUUAAAUUAUCCAACUGGAAUUAAACUUGAUAAUUAUAUGAAUAUUUAUGUUGCUGAUACUCAAAAUAAUAGAAUUCAGUUAUUUUGUGCUAAUAGUAAUAUUGGCGCAACUAUUGCUGGAAAUGGUUCUGCAGGUAGUGAUGCAAUCCAAUUAGAUGGUCCACGUGGUAUUGCAUUUGAUUCAGCAAUGAAUAUGUAUAUUGGUGAUGUAGGAAAUCUGCGAGUUCAAAAAUUUAUGAAACUUUAA